CUCUCCAUAUGUCCAUUGGCUUGCCCCAUUGAUAGCUGAUAUUUUGUGAGGAGCAAGGAGGAGAAGAUCUGUCUAUAUGCAUUCUGGAAACAUGGCUUCAGCAGUUUUGAGUACCUCCUCUAUUUCAAGUCAAUUAUCUGCUAUUGAAACUUUGACUGGGAAUAAUUAUGUGAGAUGGAAACGAGACGUAGAAAUUGCUCUUGGUCUUUUGGGAUUGGAUUUUGUCCUAGAAGACCAACCUUCAAAACCUACUGAUAAGAGCACUGCCGAAUAUGUGGCUGAAUAUCAAGAGUGGGAUAGGGCAAACAGACUUUGUCUAAAGAUUAUCAAGCGUUCUAUAUCAGAUUCCAUUAUGGGAGCUAUUCCAGACAGUGAUAAUGCUAAGCAAUUUUUGGGUGCCAUAGGACAAAAGUUUGUUGAAUCCGAUAAAGCUGAAACUGGAGACCUGAUGGAUAGACUGAUGAGUAUGAAAUAUGAUGUCUUCCUAGCCAGUUUAAUCAGCUAA